CUGAGGUAGCUUCACUGCUCAUUCAUUCUAAUUCUGAAUACGUCACUGUAAGUGAUUGUUCAUUACAGGAGCGAGAUGAUCAUUGUCGCAGAGGAAACGAGGAGCGAAAGCAGAGAUACCCGUCAGAACAAGAACACAGGAGAGACAGAAGUGGUGACAGAGAGAGACACAGAGACCACUCAGACAGAAGGAAGAAUCCAAACGAAAGGCCUGGAGUCCGAGGCCACGAGCGAGAGAGGGAUGUUCAGAACAUCCGUGAGCAGCAAGCAGAGAGGGAGUUUUAUAACGAGCGAAGACGAGAGCAUCGACAAAAUAACGAAGCUAGCGGCAUUGACCAGAAGCCAGAACUCGGGCAAUCCGAUAACAAACCUAAAGAAAAACCUUCUGCAAACAAAGAGAAGCCAAGCUUUGAACUGUCAGGUGCGCUUCUAGAGGAUACCAACACUUUCCGAGGUGUUGUGAUUAAGUACAGCGAGCCCCCCGAAGCUCGGAUUCCAAAGAAGCGAUGGCGCCUCUAUCCUUUCAAAAACGAUGAGUUUCUCCCAGUCAUGUACAUUCACAGGCAGAGUGCUUAUCUUCUGGGCAGGCACCGCAGGAUCGCAGAUAUUCCUAUUGACCACCCCUCCUGCUCAAAGCAGCAUGCUGUGUUUCAGUACCGGCUCGUGGAGUACACUCGUGCUGAUGGUACCGUUGGCCGCAGAGUAAGGCCCUACAUUAUCGACCUGGGCUCUGGGAACGGCACUUUUCUAAAUAACCAGAGGAUUGAACCUCAGCGUUAUUACGAACUAAAGGAAAAGGAUGUACUGAAGUUUGGGUUCAGUAGCAGGGAAUACGUUCUUCUCCAUGAAUCUUCAGAUAAAUCAGAGGCCAACACAAAGGACGAUGAUGAUGAUGAGGAGAAGGAGGAAGAGUCUGACAGUUAACAGAUGAGGAGGAAAUUGGGGGGGGGGCAGGGGAGAGAAAUUCUUCGCAGUUGAACAUGCAUUGGGAUGUAAACAUUGAAGCAUCGCAGCACUGAUGCCUCUUAUUGCCUUAAAGUCCUU